CCCAGCUCCCCACUGCGAGUCCAUUUCUUCUCUGGGAGUCUGUUUCGGGAAGGUGGGAAAGUGAGAAGGAAGGUGGGAAGACGAGAAAGUGCUCCGUGGCGCCCGGAGCGCUCGUUCUCUUUAGAGCGAACACUCCUGAUAAUAGUUUUCCCAUCGGUAAUAUGGGGAUAACAAUAGCACCUACCUCCCGGUGUUACGAGAUAUUUGAAACGCACUUUGCACACGUUAAAGCGCUAUGUAAGCGUUAGCAAUUGCAAGAAGGCACUCGAGUACUCGGAGGCUCACAAAGAUACAGAGACAGUUACAAAUUCACCUAAUAAUAUUCAUUUAUAUAGGGCAUGAAAGUUUGCAACCGCUAUUAUCGCUACUGGCUCAGAAAAGAUCAGUGACUUCCCCUUGGGUCACAUAACACAGCUGCUAGGUCUGGCCCCCGAUGGAGAGUGUUGCUGUGGUAACCACCCCAAAGCCUGGACCCAAAGGCUAUGCAGAGCUGGUAAUAAGGCCCUUGUGGGUAUAUAAGGAGGGAGGCUAUAAGUACCGCCCACGAGGCUGUGGGCUCCGGGGUCUCUGCCUUCUCCAUGCUCUCUCCCGCUUGGCCUCUCCCUAUGCGGCCCUGCCCCCCAGUUGUCUGGGAGACCCUACCUUGAACCUUCAGUAUGCCUGCUCCCAGACCCUGCUGACCCAGGCAGGGACCCCAGAGGAGGAUGGAUUCUUCAACCUGCUAAGCCAUGUCCAGGGUGCUCGGAUGGAGGAGCAGCGCUGCCCCCUGCAGACUGAACCAGGCCAGGGGCCUCCCAACAAGAGCAGCCGCAGCCCCAGCCCUAACCCCAUUGCUCCUCCGGAGAUGGACAACCUGAUGGACAUGGUGGCCGACACCCAGGCACGCCGCAUGGACGACCAACGUGUCAGCAUCAACUACCUGCCUGGCUUCCAGUCUGUGGCGCCUAAGGAUGGUGUGGAGCAAGGAACUGGGAAUCGCAGCCACCAUCCCCUAUUGGUUCCUCAAGACCCCUCUGCCCUCAGCUUCCGAAGGAACAGCAGCCCCCACCCCCAAACCACUGGCCCCUGAGGGCUAGGCCCCGCUUCCAUGCUCUUAUCAGUCCCACAUCACCAAAUAAAAGGCUUUCACAUAAACUGA